AUGGAUCCCGUUUCGGCUGUCGGACUGGCUUCGUCAAUUAUUACCUUUGUCGACUUCUCGUGGAAGUUGAUUGCAGGAAGCCUAGAAAUCUACCGCUCCCUCGACGGUUCGCUGCAAGAAAACGCGCGCUUGGAGGACGUCAUCGAUGAUCUUGACUCCAUCGCAGAGGAUCUCGAGAAGACAACUUCUGGCAGGACCAAAUCGGAACGAGCUAUUCGCCGGCUCGCGGAAGAUUGUCGAAGUGAUGCGAAGGUCCUCUUGGAUAUUCUGAAGCAACUAAAGGUGCCGAAACGAUCCAUCUGGAAGAGUGUCUACGCUAAAUGGAGGGCUUUGCGAAAGCGAGAAGAAGUGAGAGAUUUGAAGGAAAGAUUGCAGGAGUAUCGGGGGGAGAUAUUGAUCAACUUGACCUUGUUGCUCCGCGAUGGACAAUCGGAAAUAUGCUCCCAGAUCAACGCCAUCAGUAAUGAUAGCUCUGAGUUAAAAACGGAGUUUUCGGCGCAGCUUCACAACCUCCAGAGCGAUUUAAUCGCCGCCAUUCAAAGCAAUGCUCCCUCAACUCUUGAUGCUCCUCCCACGCACGAUUCGCCCCCUUCCGACCACCUGGAGCAGAAUCAAGAAACGCUGGCAGAAAUUGGGCGAAUACUGCAAGACAUGCAGUCAUUAACGCGAACCAUUCCGUUGCACCAUCGGGUGCUGCGGCAGCUCAUUUAUAACGAUAUGCGUCUGAGGCAAGCGCAAAUCCCUUUAGCGGGCGAGGACACAUGCAAAUGGCUGCUGGAGGAUGGCUAUGACACAGAGGGUCAGGAGGAUGACUCCAGUUUCGUGUCUCUGAAUUCUGAAAAUGCAUUUUAUAAUGGCCGAGCCCCGAAGCCGCUUAGCAUCGACCCCGAGCCAGGUCCUGACUCUGUAAUAGAGCAAGCUUUCGUCUCGCCUCCAGCAACAGAAGCGGGAAGUGGUAUACCGAGGUUGGAUCCAGACGCAUCCCAUUGCAAGGCCGAGAUAGAAAGCCGCAGGGACGCAAGGGAAGUCUUCUGCUCGUGGCUAAAUAGUGGCAAAGACAUCUUUCAUAUUUCAGGCAAGGCCGGGUCUGGAAAGUCUACCCUGAUGAAGUUCGUCUCACAGCACGAAACGACGCGACGAGAGCUGGAGAAAUGGGCUGCGCCAAAGACGCUGGUUGUGGCACAGUUCUAUUUCUAUAGCGCUGGGACCUACCUACAAUCAACCCUUCAGGGACUUUACAGAUCAUUGCUAUUCGAGGUUCUCCGCCGCUGCCCCGAGAUGAUCCCUGUUGUGUUUCCGAAACAAUGGGCCCGCCUGCAGAAGGGCCCUGGUGAUCGUCUUGUUGAAAGUUUGGACUUUAGUGACGAAGAUAUCAAAGUGGGUUUCGAGAACCUCACCAGCUACGCAGGACAGGAUAUAUACAAGUUCUGCUUCUUCAUAGACGGCCUAGACGAGUACCAUGGGAAUGUUCUUGCUCGUGAAGAGCUGGCCUUGAAGCUGAAGAGAUGGACUGAGAGGGGCGAUAUCAAGAUUUGCGUCUCUUCAAGGCCGCAGAGAGAGUAUCUUGAACUCCUUGCUUCACCCGCUCAUCAACCUCUUCACUUACACCUUCUAAACCGGGGGGAUAUCUACACCUACUGUCAGAAUCGGUUAUCAAACGACCGCGAGAUUGUCAAGACAGGUGAAAAGCAUGACGAUCUUUUGGUUGAUAUUUCUGGGAACUGCCAAGGGGUUUUUCUCUGGGCAUAUUUGGUGGUAGAUAUCCUUCUCGCCGCGAUUCGGCAGGGAGACUCCCGCAAAAUCCUCCGCCAAAAGCUCGAAGAAGUGCCAAUGGAGUUAGGCGAUUUGUACGACCAGCUUCGGAAAAGCGCGACACCCAGUCGCAUCGACAGAAUCCGAGCCAAUAAAAUGCUCUUCUUAGCAGCUCAAAAUCCCUUUCCCGGCUCGUUAAGUGCCAUGGCGUUCUCCUGGUUGGACUCCGGAGAGCUCGAGGAUCGGAACUUCCCCAUUCACCCUCUGCGCGAGCCAUACACAAGAGAAGAAACCAUCAAGCGGCUUGCGCUGGUUAAAAAGCAAAUCUACAGCCUCACGAAGGGCCUUCUAGAAGUAGUCCCUGAAAUAGACUGGGAACACAUAGGCACUGGGGGGUCUUUCUUCCAUUUCUUCCCCCACGACGGCCAACCCGACGAGCGGGUGUUGUUUUUUCACCGAACGGCCAGAGACUAUAUCCUAGAUCGGUGCAAUUCGGAUGCAGAGAUGCGCGAGUUGGCAUCGGGGUUUCGACCGGCCGAUAUAUACGGAAGGAUUGGUUUAGCAGAAAUCGUUCUUAGCAUUUAUGUAUGCUCCCAUACUUCCGUCCUGACCUAUACAGUUUCGAGCUGCCUUCGAUCACUGGACAUGACAUUUGGCGAACAAGUGUCUCCGCUAUAUGAUGAUUUUCGCGUUACACUUGAAGCCAGGGUAGCAUCGGACACGUUGUAUUGCCGCAGCUGUCCCGACUUGCCCAUUCACUAUCUCUUUGGCCUACAUGAAAAUGACUUUCUCACUCGAAGCGGGAGCCGUGUCUCGUUUGUAGCACUCGCUGCAUACUCCGGGCUGACAGGCUAUGUGGUUCGUGAGGUGGUUUCCAAUCCAGCCUUGAAGAGAACCGUUGAUGACUUGAACCUCCUCGUUCCAGCCCUGCACGGUUCCUCUCUGGAUCUUGCUUGGGCCUUGGUGAAUCUCGGCUGCGAUCUUGACGAUUCUGUGAUGCAUUGGUCCGAUGGUCCGGAGGCCGCGCCCACCGGUGUUCAGUGGCCAGUUUGGUUGGUCGCCUUGGUCAUAAUUGCUUCCGUGGCGGGCGCCUAUUACGAUCUGCUUCGUCUGGAAUCUCUGGAUGCCUUGAGGCCGCUGACAACAGUCCUUGUACGACACGCCAGCCGAGUAAAGGGAAGUUUCAGCAUAUCCGGGAACCCGCAUGGGUCAGUUGUGCCGAAUGAAGUGUCCAGCGAGGAUUUCACGGACAUUCUCGACGAGGAGGGCAGAGCGGAUGAAGCACGUACGGAGGAAUUAGUGUCUCGGAUAUUGGCUCUCUGCCCAUCCGGGAGUCCUCGGGCCUCGUGGCAGUCGUAUCGGGUCGACGCGCUUAGAUUGAGGAACUACGGUUCGCAUGUUGGUGGUCAUGGAUAA